UUGCCGUACUCUUUGGGAGCACUCAAGAUGUUGAAAACUUUACUCCUCGAGUCUAAUUCCUUUUGGGGUUCAAUUCCAGAUUCUAUAGGAAACAUGUCGUCUCUACAAGAACUUUAUCUCUUCGAAAAUAUGUUCAAUGGAACUAUUUCGAAAAGUGUGGGAAAACUAUCGAUGCUUACUGCUUUGGAUCUUAUGAAUAAUCAAUGGGAAGGUGUCUUAACUGAAGCUCAUUUUCAUAAUCUCACACGAUUAAGUCAGUUAUGGAUGUCUUUAGAUUCAACAACAUGGUCGUUGGUUUUAGAUGUGAAACAUGAUUGGGUUCCUCCUUUUAACUUGUCAAUUGCAAUCUUUGAUAGCAUGUUGGUAGGCCCAAACUUUCCGGCGUGGCUUCAAACUCAAACUGAACUUCUGUCUCUUCAACUUAGGAAUGUUGGCAUUUCUGAUACCAUUCCGCAAGGCUUUUGGAAUUCCUUCUCAAGGAUUUGGGAUAUUAUUCUUUCCAAAAACAAAAUUCGAGGACAGGUACCACACUUUCAAUCUUAUCAUCUUUUACGUAACUUAGAUCUGAGUUUCAACAAUUUCGAUGGUCAAGUCCCACUUUUUCCUAGUAAAAUGAUGCAAAUUAUGAACCUCCGUGAAAAUAUGUUUUCUGGAACUAUGCCGGAAAACGUAGGUGAAAUGUUGCCCUCGGUAUCUUACUUGGAUCUCUCUUCAAAUUUUAUAAAUGGUACAAUCCCCCCUUCUAUUGGAAUGCUAAAAAAUUUGCAAAUCCUUGUUCUGCGAAACAACUGCCUGUCUGGAGAACUUCCACCUCAUUGGGAGGAAUUGCAAAAUUUAAAUUUGUUGGACGUAGCAAAUAACAACAUAUCUGGUAAACUUCCAAGUUCAAUGCAAUCUUUGGGUUCACUAAAGUGGUUAUCAUUGGGAAAAAAUCAUCUUGAAGGAAAGUUCCCUUCUUUCUUGAAGAAUUGCACAGAAUUGGUAAACCUUGAUCUUGCAGGAAAUAAAUUUUACGGAAAACUACCGGCAUGGAUAGGAGAGAGCUUGUCAUCAUUAUUAAGGUUAAGCCUGAGAUCCAACUUAUUUGACAGGGUUAUUCCUCAACAAUUCUGUCUUCUUUCAAGUCUUCAAAUCUUGGACCUCGCACAAAAUAAUUUGUCAGGUGGAAUCCCACAAUGCUUAGGGAACUUGAGUAAAAGUGAUGAACAAAGUCUUGCAAGUUCUUUUGAGAAGAUAUCAGUAUUUUUAAAAGGAAGAGAGUAUGUCUAUGAGAGUACAAUUUAUCUUGUCCAUUCCAUAGACGUAUCAGGCAAUAAUCUAUCAGGGGAAAUUCCUGACAACAUUACAAGCCUCUCAAAAUUGGUCAACAUGAAUCUCUCUGUGAAUCACUUGACAGGAAAAAUUCCUGAGAGCAUUGGGAAUUUAAAAAGUUUGGAAUCACUUGAUCUCUCAAGAAACAAACUUUCCGGUCCAAUUCCACAAAGCUUGUCGUCCUUGACAUUCUUGAGUCACUUGAACUUAUCAUUCAACAACUUAUCGGGUAUAAUUCCAUCUGGGAAUCAACUCCAAACUCUCAAUGAUCCAUCCAUUUACCAAGGUAAUUCUUUACUCUGUGGACCUCCUCUUUCAACAAUAUGCCCAGGGGAAGAACCUGAUCCUGUAGCGAGACCAAAUGGAGCAGAAAAGAAUGAUGAAGUGGGAUUUGAGUCGUUAACGUUCUACAUUAGCUUGGUAGCUGGCUUUAUUGUUGGGUUUUGGGGAGUUUGUGGCACACUUGUUGUUAAAAAAUCAUGGAGGCAAGCUUACUUCCAAACCUUUGAUAAUUUGAAAGACAAGAUUUAUAUUUUCAUCAAGGUCAAAGUUGCCCGCUUGACAAGAGAAAGAUGAAGUUGGAGGAAGAUUCAGGACAAGGAAGGACUGCUUAGUGCUAGUAUUUUUUAUGAAUCACGAAGAAGUU